CGAGACCAUCCGUGGAAGUCUUAAAUCAUAGAGACGUUUUUUUUUAAGACAAUCUCCCCUUCGAGUAGUUUGGUAGGGUCGAAAUGAUUCACAAGACGCUUAUCUUGUUUGCAUGAGGAGACCCGAAUACAUUGUUCGGAGGUAGUUAGGCACAUGGACCGAGGGGAUUAGAAGAAGCGUGCUUUUAAAAUGGAUCGUAAAUCGUACUUAAAAUUUGCAGUAACAAUCGUGUUACCCGUGCUGGUUUGAAAGGAGAGGCUUUGAAGGUGAACUGAACGCGUAUGCCAUAAAUGCAACCCAGGGGUUACAACAUAGCUCCGUUUUUUAUUCUUUUUUAAAAAAAAUUAUAUUUCUGGAAAGGAGCCGUCGCUGUGUUAGAAAAAUGUAAGGCAAUGGAUUGACCGUGUGGAUUCAAAGAUCAAAUCUGGAUCCGGAAUGGUGGCAAGGAGUUCAGAUAAUCUUUCCAGCACGGGGGACCCCCUGUCUCAAUCCGUGGGGACAAUCGCCACCCUUAAAGGGAAAAUGAGCAAAAGACUAUCCAUUGUGAAAGGACACUUCCCCAAACUGAUAGACUGUGCUCACUUCCACUAUGAGAAUGUGGAUUUCGGGCCUAUCCAGUUGCAGUUUGCGAACGAUCCAAGCAAUGACUGUUGGACGUUGUCUCCUGCCAAGGAUGCUGUCUUUCUGGUGCAGGUCUCAUGCCAGGGUAAGACCUGGCUGGUCAGGAGAACCUACGAGGAGUUCCGAACGUUGGACAGCCACCUCCACCAGUGUAUCUACGAUCGCAGAUACUCCCAGCUGGACCAACUGCCUCCCAUUGAAGACAUUGAUGAAACAGUGGAUAUUCCACGGCUUUCUGAGUAUCUUGGACGUCUCUCCAUGAUUGUGGACAAUAAACUAAAUUGUGGACCCGUGCUUACAUGGAUGGAGAUUGACAACAGAGGGAACCAAUUCCUGCUGAAAGAAGAGGCUUCCCUCAACGUCCCUGCCAUUGGAGCUGCACACGUCACCAAGAGAUACACAGCUCAAGCGAAUGAUGAGAUCUCCAUUGAGGUUGGCGAUAUCUUAUCUGUGAUUGACAUGCCACCGAAGGAGGAAACUAGCUGGUGGAGAGGGAAACACGGCUUCCAGGUUGGGUUCUUCCCAAGUGAGUGUGUGGAGCUGAUCAAUGAGAGACUGUCCCAAUCUGUCUCUGCACCAGUCCCUAAACAAGAUUCUGACAACUGCAGCUCAAAGGCAGGAAUUGUUAGUGUCCCUGGACCAAACUCCCCUUCUUCAGUUUCUAAGAAGCACGGGAAGCUGUUGGGGUUCCUUAGAACAUUCAUGAAGUCGCGGCCUAGUAAACAGAAGCUGAAGCAGAGAGGGAUUCUGAAGGAGAGGGUGUUUGGCUGUGACUUGGGAGAGCACUUGCUAAACUCUGGCUACGAAGUCCCACAGGUUCUGAGUUGCUGUUCAGAGUUUAUCGAGAAACACGGGGUCGUGGACGGGAUUUAUAGACACUCUGGAGUCUCCUCAAAUAUUCAGAAGUUACGCCACGAGUUUGACAGUGAAAUCAUCCCUGAGCUGACUGGUGAACUCUACAUGCAGGAUAUCCACUGUGUGGGAUCCCUGUGCAAGCUCUACUUCCGGGAGCUCCCUAACCCCUUGCUCACCUACCAGCUCUAUGACAAAUUUGCAGACUGCAUGACUGUUAUGAGUGAAGAGGAGAGACUGGUUAAAGUCCAUGAUGUUAUUCAGCAGCUACCACCACCACACUAUCGGACUCUUGAGUUCCUGAUGAGGCACUUGUCCCAACUGGCAACACGAAGCAAAGAAACCAACAUGCACAUUAAGAACCUUGCCAUCGUCUGGGCACCAAACCUGCUCCGUUGCAAGGAGAUUGAGUGUGUGGGGCUGAGUGGGACAGAUGCUUUCAAGGAGGUACGCAUUCAGUCCGUGGUGGUUGAGUUUCUUCUGAAUCACGUGGAUAUUCUCUUCAGCGAUUCCUUUACCUCAGUAGGAAAAUCCUGUGCAGGACUCUGUUCGUUGACUAGGCCCAAGUCCUUUGUGGUCUCCUCUCUGUCCUCUCGACUGCUGUCUCUGGAAGAGGCUCAAGCCAGGACCCAGGCCCACCUCCUCUGCUCUGCACAGGCCGGCCUUCUCACACUGCAGGCAGAUCCGAUGACUUUCCAAGGGAAAUACCACACAGUUAUUGACAUACCUGCAGAAAGGAGGAAGAGCGGUAUGAAGGUGAGGAAAUCGGCAGGUGGAAGCUGGAGAGCCUUCUUUGCCAUCGGUAAAACGCCAGGAUCCCAGCGGAGAAAAUCUGCACGAGUUGGAUCGCUGUUCCAGGCUUCACAGGCUGAAAUGGGAACGCGGAUUGAAACCGUGACACUCCGGUCAGCUAAGAGUGAAGAAUCUCUUUGUUCUCAACACAGUGGGGCUGGCCUCUCCAAGCAUCAGCGUCUGCGUCGACCUCGGUCCAGUAGUGAUGCCCUCUCCGUUACUAUGGAAACAGAACUUCUGUCCACCCUGAAGCACUGCCGCUCCUACGACAGUGUUCAGGCUGAGGACCCCGAGGGUGUUUACAUGCUGCCUGACUUUUCCCACGAGGCCUCACUGUGGCUGGCAGAGGACGAGAUGGACUUCAGCCCUACUUAUUUAGAUGAGGCUGGCCUGGAAUUGGAACCCCUGACCUUCCGUUGCGGCCCACAGCGGCUUAUCACUGAAGACCCCGACUCCCUGAUGAACCAGUCAGAAGUUGCUGUAAGGAAAAGCUUUAUUAAUCAGCCUCCUCAGCGAGUUCAGUCAUGCUGCCAGCAGCACAAGACUUCAGCCGUAAUGAACCCCUUGACCCAGACUUCAGAGAUCACCAGCCCUGCCCCUGAGAAGCUCAGCAAAUCAACCUCUUUUACCAGGAAGAUGGUUCACGCCCUUUCCCCUAAAGGCAACAAGUCCCCACCGAUGGAUAUCUCUGAGCCAAUCUCCAUCACAGUGCCUGCUAAAGUUCUGGAGAUGAUUGGUGGAAGGGCUGGAGAGUUCCAAAGUGCAAGUGGAGCUCAGAACUUGGCUACUGCUGCUGCCCAACCCCCUCAGAUGAUCUCUAUGCUGUUGAGGUCAUGUGAUAUUCAGCUCACCGAGAGCUGCCAACAGGAAAUCAGGAGUAAGCUGUCCUUCACAGAGUCAAAGGUCAAGGGCCACUCUGUCCCCAGUUUCCAGUUAUCGGAACACUCUAGUGUGAUGGACCAUUCACAGCUUCAAGCAGGCUUUUUGAUGGCAGCCGCCCCACUGCCUUCCCAGGUGCCUCCGCCACCUCCUCCGAAAAACCCUGCCCGGCUGAUGGCCCUAGCCCUGGCAGAGAGCGCCAACAAGGCUAUGAAGCAGAGCCAGCGAGAGCCCCGCCCACAGGGAGGGGGAGGGGCUUCCUUAGAGGCGCGAUUCAUGAGGUCUCUGUCGGUGGACUCCAACGAAUGCGUCUCUUCGGUGGCCAACCCUUUGUACUCCACCGUACAGUCUUUGUCUGUGUGGAAGCCUGAGCGAGGGCCCCAGCUACAGAGCGAGAAAGGAGACUCCGACGGGCAGAAGCACAUCCGGAGCCAGCCGCAGGAAUCUGGUACCUUUUCAUCCCAGACCUCUCUCUCCGAGUCUGGAGCAUCCACAGGUAGUUCCUCUGCCGAAACGGAUUCACCCUACAAACCUCCUCAGCCCAAGGUUCCUUCAGCUACGGCUUGCCAGCCACAAGACAAGCCCCCAAGCUCUUCUAAUCAAGCUGCUACUACUUCUUCUUCUGUACCAGAGUUGAACGUUGAAAACCAGCUUCCCAGCAAGAAGCCACCAGCCUAUUCCAGACAGUUUUCUGCCCCCCAUCUUCAACAUAAGCACCCUGCCCCUCCCGCCAAGCACACUAACCACCACCACCAUCCACAAUUCCAUCACUCGAAAUGCAAGAGCUCUCCUAUCAUUCACAGCUCCUCUCACCUAAGAGCCUUCCAGCCAGCCAGGCCAAAAGUGCCCCCGAAGCCACCAGAACUGAACGCUGGGUUUCCACUGCAUCGUAAUGAGAGCUAUUCCAGGCGAUCUCAAGACCAGGCAAGACCCAGAAUGCUUCUCUCAUCACAGUCCACGCCUCCGUUUUCCAGGAAUGAUUCGGAAGGAGUUUGCUAUGUGGAUCCAAAAACCCACAGUCAUUUGGAUCAAUCCAGGGGGUUUGCCGCUUCCUCGGUUCAGGUCUACCACAAUAGAGCUAGCAGUAACCCCCAGAUAUUCGCUGGGAGGUCAGAGGACCAAGUCAAGCACGAAAACUUUUACUAUGAGAUUGCGCCAGAGCCCUCCUUUGUACAGAUCCCUAGAUACAAUUAUCAGAAUGUUGGAAACCAGAUGGCGCUUGAAGGAGUUCCCUACCGCCUUCCCAGGCCUGGGUUCGAACAUGCCAUUGCGGACAGGCAUUUGAGGAGCCAUGACAUUUCAGUUAGACCUCAUCUUUGGACUGGUAUCUCGCAGAACCUGAACCCUACCGUGGAUCGAUCCUUAGCCAUGCAGGGCAAUGCUGGUUACACACAAAUAGCUGGUGUUCCCUACUCCACAGUGCCCCAGGAAAGCCCUGCACAUCAGCCCUCUGCAUCCUUUAGAAUGGUUCCUGUCUCUCGGACUGAGGGGGCUCCUAAUCAGGGGACCUCUACCUACCAGAGAAAUCUCUACAGGACCCAGCGGUCCCCUUCUGCAGAUCUCUCAGCCUCACAGCUACACCCCUACUUUGAAAAUGGGAAAGUCUGUUACAGGUACCUUGAAGAAGGGGCCGCCCAUGAAGGUGAGACCAGGGUCCUUCAAGAUUACCGGCCUCAGGCUGCUGUGUCUGCCCCAAAGCCUCCCAGACUUCAAGAGCAACCAGAGCCAAUAUAUGUCAAUUUUCCUUUCAACCCAGGCAAAGCCUGGACAACAACCAACUUAGAUGGAGACCAACAUUCAGAGCCACCCCCAUCUGGGAGCUCCAAUGAUAGAUCUGGUACAGAGCCUCCUUUAGUCUUUGAAGAGAAUAUCGCAAGUCAGGAAUCUUCAUCUGACCCCUGGCAGAGGGCUGGCAGUUCAGUGGUAUCUCAGUACGAUAACUUUUCUCCAUCUCUGGAUGAGAAACCACAAGGUUCAGAUGCAAUCCACUUCAGGAGCAAGUCGGAUCCUGGAAACGGCGGUAUUGAAGGUCCUGGAGAGUUGCAAAAUCUAGAGGAAAAAGAUCACGUGAACCACCCGACUGAAACGCCUGCGUCUGAAUCUGGAAGCGAUGGAGCUUCAAGGUGUCUUGCGACGCUGUGCGAGAUGCCCUCUCAUCCCCAACAACAGCAACAUCAGCACCUACAGCAGCAACAGCAAAGAGCUGGCUUCAAUGUCUAUGCCGCAGGUCCAGUGAAGCCCCAGUGGGAUGGCAAUCCUUUUGCACCAAGAGGCACCCACACUCUGCGGGAGGAGCCUCUAAGGAGGUCCUCUUCUUCAGCCGGGCACUACAGCCAAGCAUUUGAUGUCAUGCCUUCCGGGGAUCAGGUUCUUAAGUUCUACAGGGCAGCGCAGGUCGCUAUGAACCACCCUCACCCAAGGAGCUGUGUUUCCUUCACCCCGAAUCCAGCUCGUGCUAAAUCAAGCCCGUCUUGCAGCACCAGGCAACCGGAGCCAAACUUCAGACCUACCUAUUCCAAUCAAGUUUCCAUGGUAACGGAGGAAUCUGCUGUUCGAACUCCUUUUACCAGCAUGGCGCAGCUUUCUCUGACAACGACCACAUCUCCAAGAGGGCCCCAACCCCAGCUUGGCUUCAACCCUGGAAUCCUCCGCACUCAGCAAUAUAACGCUUGCCAGUUUAAUUCCAGUGCUGUACCAGGACUCCCUCAGUAUGGGAAUGUACCCAGGAGAGAGGGGCUGGUCUCCACACUGGAUCCGUCUUUCCGUCCAGUCCUCCGGACACCAGCAGGUGUAGUCCGACAGGGCAGUUUACCAGCCCCAAACUGGACUGUCCAUUCAGAAGGACAGACACGGAGCUACUGCUGACUGACUUGUAGAAACUAAACCAUUUACUUCUUCGACACUAACUGUUUGGGAGAUGCGUUGUAUAUACUAAUUCACCCAUGGGAGCUGGGACUUUUUUUUUUAUAUAAUAUAAUUCUGGCCCAAUAUUGCAAUAAUCCCCCUCCCACAAGAUAGCCCUUGAGUAAAUUCACUACCAAGGUGUAAUAUGACCAAGACUUAACUCUUUAAAAACUGCAGACCAGUAUACAGACCUAGGAAAGAUAACACCACUCAAAAUUGCAGAAUGCAAUAGUAUUGAAUAAAUAUAACUCCACUCAAAACAGCACAGUACACUAAUUACAAUAUACCAGUAUGUAUUUUUCAUGGCCAUUUUUUAUUAUUAUUUUUAAGUAGAAGACAGUAAAACUGUUUGAUCCCAGGGUAUCGUUUCUAGAGUCACUUUGUGCCGGAAGAGACUUCUUACCACCUAUCAUGAGCACGCCAUUGCUCGCAGAAGUCCCUUCUGCUUUUUCUAUUGAACUUGGCUCGGAUGAAACUAGUUUUCCUGUAACACCCUUAUAGGUCACUCACUGCUGUUACAUGUAAUAGGAACCCUCCUGCGCUGUACACUGCCGCUCAGACUGCAUGUGGUGAGGGUGGUCCUAUUACCGGUAACUCAGGAAAUUAACAUUUGGAGAGUACUUAUGUAUUAUGGCCAAACAAGGACUUUACUGGAGUUGAAGAGAAAAUAAAGUCAAAGAAUAACAUCAAAUUAAAAACGUUUUUUUUAUUGAAAAUAAAACCUUUUGAAAAAAUUAAACAUUUGCAGACGAGGGUUUGCUGUAAAGUGUUUUGGAACUACAUAUAAACCAUUCCAAUUAAUAUAUGAUAACAUUUCUGCACACCUUUUAGACUUGCUCACACAGAACAUGUAAGAAUAUGAAAAGGUACUCGGUUUACCUGCAUUGCACAUAUUCUAUGCAGACUACAGCCUUGUUUUUGUUUCAGGAAUAUAUAUAUAUAUAUAUAUAUUGGGACUCAAGGCCAAUUUCCCCAGCUCCUGCUUUUCUUCUUCUAUUGUUUUUUUCACAGUAAAUGUAACUAUCCAUUUUAAUAGUAUUGUAAUUAUGUAUGUAACAAGGAAAAGCACAUUUUGAAACUGUAAUGGAAGUUCAUCAUUUUCGACCUGCUUGAUAUCCUGCAGCCCUAAUAGAAUCCAUAAUGGAUUCUACCUUUUUAGUAGAAUGUCUGUUUUAGCCUAACAUUCAAUAAAGCUGCUGUGUAUUUUAUACAUGGUUUUAAUAUGGCCAUUUAAGUGCAAUGGGUUAUGGGAAAUGUAGUCCGUUUUUAAUCAGCCCCAUGUAAUGGCCGCCUUAACAUUCCACUCUGUCAGUACCUCUUACUCUGAACAUCUCUCUGUAUUAGGAUGAGCUCUUUUAAUAAAAAUGUUUGGUUUUUUUUUCAA